GGACACAGGUGUCGUGAAAACCACCGCUAAACCUAAGCAAAAAUGGGAAAGGAGAAGACCCACAUCAACAUCAUUGUCAUCGGACACGUAGAUUCAGGAAAGUCUACCACUACUGGCCAUCUGAUCUACAAAUGUGGUGGGAUCUACAGGAGAACCACUGAAAAGUUCGAGAAGGAGGCUGCCAAGAUGGGAAAGGGCUCCUUCAAGUAUGCCUGGGUCUUGGACAAACUGAAAGCUGAACGCGAGUGUAUCUCCCUAAGGAAAUUCGAGACCAGCAAGUACUAUGUGAACAUCAUUGAUGCCCCAGGACACAGAGACUUCAUCAAAAACAUGAUUACAGGCACAUCCCAGGCUGACUGUGCUGUCCUGAUUGUUGCUGCUGGUGUUGGUGAAUCUGAAGCAGGUAUUUCCAAGAAUGGGCAGACCCGUGAGCAUGCCCUUCUGGCCUACACUCUGGGUGUGAAACUAAUUGUUAACAAAAUGGAUUCCACUGAGCCACCCUACAGCCAGAAGAGAUACGAGGAAACUGUUAAGGAAGUCAGCACCUACAUUAAGAAAAUUGGCUACAACCCCGACACAAUAGCAUUUGUGCCAAUUUCUGGCUGGAAUGGUGACAACAUGCUGGAGCCAAGUGCUAACAUGCCGUGGUUCAAGGGAUGGAAAGUCACCUGUAAAGAUGGCAAUGCCAGUGGAACCACAAUGCUUGAAACUCUGGAUUGCAUCCUGCCACCAACUUGCCCAAGUUGCCCAUGA